UUCCCCGUUGUCAUGGAAACCAAGGCCGGCGGCCCAUUCAUGCGUUAACUUUUCAAGAAAUUGAAAAUGUAAUAUCAUUUUUAAAGAAUGUUGCAAUUGAUGAAGGACUUCCCAUGCCUGCAGCACCCAGAGGGAGAGCCAAUGACGCACCAGUUUUCCUCCACAGCUCCACCACAAAGAUGAAAAUGCAUAAAUUAUAUGAAAAAUCGUGCAAUGAAGCAGCCACAAAAUGUAUUAAAUAUAGGACGUUCUGCAGAUUGUGGCAUGAGCUUUGUCCAAACAUCAAGAUCGCCACUCCCCAAGAGGACGUGUGUGUCACGUGCGAGAUGUCACGGAAAGGAGUCGCUGAUGCCACGACAGACGACGAGAAGCUAGCUGCUGCAUCAGCUCUCGAGAAACACAUCAAUGCGACCAGAAAAGAGCACAAGGUGUACAAAGACUGCGUUACUACUGCUAUGGACGAAUUGAGAGGCACGGGUCGUCCUACAGAGCCAGUCGAGCCAUGCUCAACUGACUUUCAGCAUGCACAUUACACGUUCGACUUUGCUCAGAAUUUGUGCCUGCCACAUCACAGUCGCCAGAUGGGACCUAUGUACUUUGUCACUCCUAGAAAAGUUCAUUUAUUCGGGUUUCGGGACGACGCCCUUCCGAUUCAGUAUAAUUUUCUAAUCGACGAAGCCGAGACUAUGAUGCAGGAUGGAGGUGGCAUUCACGGGCCAGAUGCUGUAAUUUCGCUCGUGGAUUACGCUCUGACAGAGUUUGGGCACGGGGAGCGAGUGACUACUCUUCAUGCGGACAAUUGUGGCGGACAAAACAAAAACCGCUACCUGCUAGCGUACUUCUGCUGGAGGACCAUGAUCGGCCUUAACGAGGAGAUACGCUAUUUGAUGCAGGUAGCAGGUCAUGCCAGGUGCAUAAUAGACGCU